AGUUUGGCCCGAUGGGACCCAGGGAACUGGGCUGAGCCCCCGCGAAGGGGUUCCUGUCGCCAGGAGCUUGGGCCUGCCGCAUCCAGAAUCUGUUUGUUACUGGAAAUAGAGUUGUUGAGAAGAGACAGGAAGCACAGUAACUCUUGACUGAUGACAUAUUCAGCUCUCUCACCAGCCUGCCUGAGAUAGCUAGAAGACUAUGUGGGCCUGGACACUGUGGAUGCUCCCUCUACUCUGCAAAUUCAGCCUGGCAGUUCUGCUGGCUAAGCCUGAGAACAUUUCUUGCAUCUUCUACUAUGAGAGAAAUUUUACUUGCACCUGGAGUCCAGAAAAAGAAGCCAGUGAUACAUGGUACACAGUUAAGAGAACUUACUGUUUUGGACGUAAAAGUGAUCAUUGUACUACUGGUAAUUCUACAAGUACAGCUCGUACCUCAUGCUCUUUUUAUCCUCCACCAAUAACAAUACCAGAUAAUUACACCAUUCAAGUGGAAGCUCAAAAUGCAGACGGUAUAAUUAAAUCUGAUAUAACACAAUGGAGAUUAGAUACCAUAGUAAAAACCGAACCACCUGAGAUUUACAGUGUGAAACCAGUUUUGGGCAUCAAACGAAUGGUUCAAAUAAAAUGGAAAAGGCCUGUGUUGGCGCCUAAAUCAACUACUUUAAAAUACAGACUUCGAUUCAGAACAGUAAAUGGUGCCGGCUGGAUGGAAGUCAACUUCAAAGAAGGGUCCAAUGGAGACACAACAUACAACCUCACUGGGCUGCAGGCUUUUACAGAAUAUGUCGUAGCUCUGCAAUGUGUGGCUGAGGAGUCAGUGUUCUGGAGUGGCUGGAGCCAAGAGAAAAUGGGAACAACUGAAGAAGAAGGCAAGCUGGUCCCUUCUCCACAUGGCCUGGAUCUGUGGAGAGUCCUGAGACCAGCUAUGGUGGAUGGAAGAAGGCCAGUGCAGUUGUUGUGGAAGAAGGCAAGAGGAGCCCCAGUCCUGGAGAAAACACUUGGCUACAACAUACAGUACUUUCCAGAGAACAACACUAACCUCACAAAGACAGUGAAUACCACUAACCAGCAGCUUGACCUGUAUCUAGGAGGCGAGACCUAUUGGGUGUCUGUGAUUUCUUAUAAUUCUCUUGGGGAGUCUUCACUGGCCACCCUGAGGAUUCCAGCUAUUGAUGAAAAGCCAUUUCAGUGCAUUGAGGCCAUGCACUCCUGCCUCACUCAGGACCAGCUGGUCGUGGAGUGGCAAAGCUCUGCUUCAGAGGUGGACACAUGGAUGGUCGAGUGGUUUCCAGUUUUGGACUCAGAGCCCUCCAUCUUCUCCUGGGAAUCUGUGUCUGGGGCCAGGAACUGGACAAUCCAGCAAGAUGAAUUAAAACCUUUCUGGUGCUAUAACAUCUCUGUGUAUCCAAUGUUACAGGACCAAGUGGGCGAGCCAUAUUCCAUCCAGGCUUAUGUCAAAGAAGGCAUUCCAUCAGUAGGUCCUGUGAGCAAGGUGGAGAACAUUGGCGUGAAGACAGUCACAAUCACAUGGAAAGAAAUUCCCACGAGUCGGAGAAAUGGUUUCAUCAGCAACUACACCAUAUUUUACCAAGCCGAAGAUGGAAAGGAAUUCUCCAAGACAGUCAACUCCAGCAUCCUGCAGUAUGGCUUGGAGUCCCUGACUAGAAUGACCUCUUACACUGUUCAGGUCAUGGCCAGCACCAGUGCUGGGGGAAUCAAUGGCACCAGGAUAAACUUCAAGACAUUGUCAAUUAGUGUCUUCGAGAUUUUCCUUAUAACUUCUCUGGUUGGAGGAAGCCUUCUUAUUCUCAUCAUCCCAACGGUGGCGUAUGGUCUCAAAAAACCCAACAAAUUGAAGCACCUGUGUUGGCCUGAUGUCCCCAACCCCGCUAAAAGCAGUAUAGCCAUGUGGCGUGGGGAUAAUUUUGAGGACAAGCUAAAUGUGAAGGAGUUUGAUGACUCUGUGAACAUGGAAGAAGAGAGGAUUCUAAAACCAUGUUCUGUCCCCAGUGACCUUAUUGACAAGUUAGUGGUGGACUUUGAGAAUUUUCUGGAAGAGUUUUCCACAGAGGAACCUGGGAAGGGUCAGGAAAAUAUUUUGGGAGGGGAAAAGAAUGAGUAUGUGACCUCUCCCUAUAGGCCUUACUGCCCCACUGGGAAGCAAUUCAAGGAGCUCCCCCUUUCAACUGAGAUUCCAUCCAGAAAAUCCCAAUGCCUGAGUUCUGGAGUGCCAGAGGGGACUUCCUCGGAAGACAAAGAGCAGCUUCUCUCUUCUGCUUCAAGUUUAGGGCUAGACCAUCUCUGUGAGGAAGGAGCACCAAAUCCAUAUUUGAAAAAUUCAGUAACAACCAGAGAAUUUCUUGUGCCUGAAAAACUUCCAGACCAAACCAAGAGAGAAGUCUAGAUGCCACCAUGGCUUGAAUAUUUCUGCAUCUCAGCGUGGGUGACUCUGGCAGAGAAGAUGUCAAGACUUGGCCAGAAGAGCUUCCUUGGCCACCUCCCCAUCCUGCUUGUGUUAGAGAAAGUCUUGCAUGCCCCUGGGUUGAAGUUGGUUGGCACAGAUGGUUAACUUGCCUGAGAAGCAGCAGCGAUGGUGAUAAGACUGAGCGCUUUGCAGAGGCAAAGCAAUUUGUUUUCUUUUCUUCAGAUAAUAAGCUCUCACCGAGGCCUCUGACAGCUUGACUUGGAGGGACAGUGGAUCCCUGAGUUGGAUAUACCUGGCCUUCGCUAGGAAUUGGGUUACCAUCACCGCCUUUGCUGGGGCGACACCUCGGAAUUCCCUGAUGCCAGUUGUUUAGUUGGCACUUGGGCACUCUGGUGGGAGGGGAAAGUCUCUCUCCCUUCACUUUGGCCUCCCCUGGGUUCUGGGCUCUCUCUCUGGGAUAGCCCUGAAACCUUACUUUUGAGAUUAUGUUUCUCCCUCAACAUACAGGUGGAAAGUGGAGUGGGCUCCCUGAUGGUGUGCCUGAGGCUCUCAUUACCCUCAUUAAAUCUCAAGUGUCUGCAGCAGCACCCCCUCCCAGGACUCUUCACCCCUAGUCCACUCCAUGCUGGCUGCUGGUGAAUCAAGGAGUGAGGGGCAUGCUUAGCAGGGCACUGGCGGAUGGACUCCAGACUGAGUUGGCAGGUCCGCCUUACUCUCCAGUCUGCCAUUGCCCAGCCCUGGAAGCAGUUCCUGGAGGCCUUGCUGCCCCUCUAUCUUACAUCCAAGCCUGGGAGUAGACAGACACCAAACACUGCAGUGGCUUUUGUACAGGGACUCCCGUCCCUCACUGGCUCAGAGCACAGGAAUGCUUAUUGAACGUACCCUUUGAAGGCCUCUUCCCUGAAGCAGCUGAGCAGGGCCUGGGAGCAUGCAAUGGUUAGCACCUUCGCUGCUCCUAUACCAGGAUGCUUCCUUCUUUGCCCCAGCUAAGCACAGAGCUUGUGACAAUUCGUGGAGCCUUUAGCCCACAUGCUGGUGGCAGGAUUCAGCUGCUGAGACCUGAGAACUUAUGGCUGGCACUGGGCUCGCGCCCUGACAUCAGAUGACUUCCUGACGUGUGGCUGUGACUCAUCUGGCUGUUGGGGGAGGUCGCUGAGAGCCUGUUGAGAUCCGGGGAGGCCAGGCAGUGAGUGAGCGGUGAGUGCAGUGAACCUGGCAUUUGUCAGCAUGAAGGCUGGCGGUAUUUUUUCUAGGAGAGUUUGAGGAGUCAGUACCUGUGUAGCAGCCAUGAACUUCACAAGCCGCCAGCUUUACUUUCCUAUAACUAAAAUUUUGAAGUAACUGCAGCCCAAUCUGGUGAUUUCUGAGAACUCAGUCACAUUCGGGAUUUUGACCCCCUGUCCUCCCUGGGACUGAUGGUGAGCAACGGAGGAUGUUCAGUGGAAAAGCAGGGUUUUGUCUCUCAUUUGAUUUCUGCCCAACACUAGUCUUGGGACUUUCCUGUAGCCCCACCUGUCGCUGUUGGGUCACCUGCCACUUUCCUCAGCCAAUUGCUGCAUCCUUACUGUGGGCGCAGGCAGGUGGGGCUUCUCUCCCCAAACUCUCUCCUCAUUAAAUUUCAAGUGUCUGCAGCAAUCCCACCCCUCAAUUCUUUGUUCCUAGUUUACAGAACAGUAGAAAGGGACCAAACAAAAGGGAUGCACCAGAUUCCCACGCCAUGGUGGGACUCUCCCUGCCUCGUUACCUCCCCUCUGCCCACACAUUGUUGUGACUUGGGCACUUCUAUGAGCUCCUCGCCCCCAGCCUUCCAGAUGGGGCCCUUUCGAACUCUGCCUUUGGAUUUGUGAACUCAUAGGGAGGUCCUAGCCUUGUCCUCCACAACUAUUCUCUCUUUCUUGUGACGCUCUACCCACUUCAGCUGAGGGAUCUUCUCAAAUUCUGUAUGAGGUGGGUGGGGGAGGAGAGUGCCUGGAAUGAGUCCCCCCAAGCUUGUCUGUUUCACAUGUGGAUUAGGCUUUUGAUCCUAAAAUCCAAAAAUUUGAUGGCUGGGGAGAGAGAAGGGCUCCCUAAUGGCUCCCAUGGGUGGGUUUCAGAGAUGAAGAUGUUGCUCCCCCUCCCUUAAUCAUUCAUUAACGACUGAAGCGUCUUCUGAGGGACAGUUUGCAAAUGUCACAGUCAGGGUCCUUCCUCUGUUUCAUUUCUUCUUCUCUUUUCUUACUUUCCUUCUUGCCUCUUAUCUUUUGCUUCUUUUUCCACCACUCCCAGCAGCUUCUCAUCUUCUUCACUCCACCCUUUUUUUUUCUUUUUUUCCUGUUUCUUUUCAUUUUAUUACCCCUUCCCAUCAGUCUCCUUCUACCUAUAUUUACUGUUGCUACGUCUGAGGGCUAAGAAAAUUGGCACUCUCUGUUUUGUUCUAGAUGUAGUUUAUGAGAGUCAGCAUUUCCUGCCAGUAAGAGGAGCAGUUUUCCCACGAACCCCAGACACUUAUUCAGUGGGCCACACACUGCUCUCCAGGGCAGAUUCAGGGAACACAGGCCUGAAAGCUCAGAAGCCACUGGUGACCUUCCCCUCCUGGGAUGGAGUCAUGAACUAUCCUGACCCCCAGCAUCCUGGGCUGCCUCUGUGUCCAGAGAAAGCCAUCUGCGUUUUCUCUGUUACUGUCAAAGAGAUGUUGAGAGGACACAAACAGGAAAGCUUGCAUUUUAGCAACGUCGUUAAAAACUGAUAACAUUCCUGUUAAGAGUUUUCCGGGGCUCUGGGAACCAUGCCCUAUUAAUGGCCUUUCUUUUACAAUAAUAGCAGAAAAUUUUGAAAGAACAGCAGAGAAGCCAAUCUGUGGUUAAAAAAAUAAAAAUGAUGAUACCUUUGUUCUGGUUUCUCAGGAGGCAGCAGUGUAAAAACACGGUGCGGGGUUUUGAAAGAGGUGGGAGAUGAGGAGAGCUGAGGCGGGAGAGGUGGCCAGCAUGGAUGCCAGUGGUCCCCACUGCUGCCCCUCCAUCGUGUGGGGGAAGCCUGUGCUGGUCUGCCAGGCCACCCAAGGGGAUUCUGUCCUCUUUCCAGCACGCCCCUCAUUGCUGCUGCUGCUGUGGCCACAUUCCAUCCCAGGGGUCUGCAAACCGGCCCUCAGGCCAUAUCUAGGCCCUGUUUCUGUAGGGCCUGUAAACUAAAAACCGAUGUUGACAUUUUUAAAGGCUGGAAAAUAAAAUCAAAGGAAAAGAGUGUUUAAUGACGUGAAAAUUCUGUGGAAUUCAAAUUUCAGUGUCCAUAAAUGAAGCUUAAUUGGAACACAAGCAGGCCCCUCAUUUACACGUCAUCUAUGGCUGCUUUCUCCCAAGGCACAACUGGGUAGUUGUAACAGAGUUUCUCCCACAAGCUUACAGUGUUCUCCAUCUGGCCCUGUACAGAACAAGGCUCAGACUGCACCGUGUUGGCCCACAAAGUGUAUUCACUUUGAAUUAGCUUCUAAUUAAAAAAGAAAUCAGGGUCUGUCAUUCUGGAUUUUUAAGCAAGUAGGGGCUGCCCCCUUUAGAAGGGUGCAUACUCUCUGGCUCCCCCCAACCCUCAGAACUUCCUGUCCCCUGCCCACAGCUAAGGUGGAGAGUGGGUGGCUGUUUAUCACUUACUCCAGUGCACCCAGGUCAUUUUAGCCCCCAUCCCCCAACCCUCAGACAUUUGGCAAGGCCUGGAGACAUUUUGGGAGGGUGCUGCUGUCACCUAGUGGGGAGAAGCCAGCAAAACUGUUAGUCAUCUAUAAUGAACAGAAAAGCCCCACAGCAAAGAAUUAUCUGGCCCAAAAUGUUGGUAGUGCCGAGGCUGAGAAAUCCUGGCUGAGCCAAGGUCUGCUCUGGGCCCACAGCACUCACCAUGGGUAUGACUCAGCAUCCGUGGAUAGCUCUAGGUGUCCCUUUUUGUUUUGUAAAUUUAAAGUUUGUUUUGGACUCAACUUUACAACAGCAACAUCAACAACAGAAAUCUCUAAAUACCAUUUAUUUAUACCAUUCUUCAUUCACUCCUGAUGUGAUCUGUGUACCCAUAUACAUUUUCAUCUAUUGCAAGUUACAUAUUGAUUCUAUUGUGUUCUCCCCUUACUUUCAUUUAUUAUUUCACAUAUAAAAUUCCCUGCAUGGACUCAGUUGACAGUGGUAGCAUUAUGAUGGCCCCUCAGACAUUCAUGGUGUGCCUGCAUACUGUGGUUUGCUAAGACACCCUUUGGUUGAUAGGAUUGUCUUACAUGUCCUUCUCGUAUGGAGAGCAACUUUAGUAAAUGUCUUUGUACAGAAUUUUCUUUUCCUACCUUUGUCCUAACUCCUUGGGGCUGUUUCCAAAGGUGGAAUUGCUGGGCCAGAGUUUUUUGGUUAUUAUCACGUAUUGCAUGACUGUGCUCCCAAAGAGGUUACAAUAUCUGGUGAUUUGCAGUGUCAUCAGAGAUGUUUGAGGUGUCCUUUGUCCUGUUCCACUUAUAAUCAGCUGUUUAUUGCUGUAAGCUGGAUUUUAUCAAUUUAUUGGGAAUAGUUAAUAAAACUUCAUAGUUAUUUGUGUUGCUUAAAUCAUUGUGAAGCUAAACUUUUCCCAUCUAUAUUUUACUGUCUGCAUGUCCUCUUGUUGACAUUAUAGAAUCUUCUACCUCUAAGCUCCAGGGGGCAUUGAGAGACCAGCUAAGCUGCUAUAAAUUAGAGGUACUCAGCAAGACUAUAGACAAAUUUGUAGACUUUGUCAUUUAGUUGACUGUUUAAAAUAUGUGGUUUUUGUAGUGCAUUUUAAAAGAGAAAUUUCACACUGAAAUAUUUUGUUAAUUGUUUUAUGUAAACAUUAAUUAGCAACAAGGCCUAUUUGUAAUCAAAGUGUGUGGUGUUAUCUGUGUCUUGCACUGUCAUUAGCAGUCCUUGUUCCCUCUGCCGCUUUUACUGGACACAGGGGUCAGUGGGCAGAGAUUGCUCAGAAGCACAAACAGCCCCUGUAUAUAUUUGCAAACCUGUGAGGCCACCCUUGCCCUCAGCACUGAGCUCCAUGCAGGCCAUCCUGUCUGAGAUGCUUGCCCGGUGCUGGUGAGAAGCGUGAGGGCGAGGGAGAGGAGAGCAGCAUAACUCCACAAAAGCACAGAGCCAGCAGUCAGCAAGCCUCAGAUGGUUGUUUAAGGGAAUCUAGACGCCUGUACUGCUGAUUUCAUUUUUAGGAAAGGAAUUCUCUGUCCUGCUCUACUUCACUAUAUGUUUGGGCUAAAAUGCAGGAAGGUAUACUGAGGCCUAGACUCUGACGUAGAAGUCAGAGAGUGCAAACCAGAAUGGACAUGCAGAAUAUUCUGAAUGAUGAUCACGGUGAGGAAGAGAACCGUCUCUUGGUAGGCUGUGCAUGCUGUCUUUUCCAUAUAUUGUUCAUAUAUCGAUGCAUACGUAAUGCAUGUGCAUGAAAGUUCUGGACUCUUAAGUAGAGCAUGACAACAUAGUUACUGUAAUGGGAAUAGUCUUUAAAAUGCCUUAUUAUAAAUGCAUUUGUAUUUUGAUCUUUCAAAUAAUAAAGCUGUAUUACCAUUUUUA